AUGCCUGAUGAAAGGGAGACCCACCUACCCCUUCCUGAGCAAGAGCUCUACAGUGAGGAUGAGGACACAGACGAAGAAUUGUUCCUUGAGCCCGAGGAGGACAUCUCCUAUUCUUCCCCCUCCCCUUCUCCUCCCCUUUUGCCCCCCUCAUCAGUGCUUUGCAGCACUGAGGAAGAUACUGCAGGGAUACCCAGUACUCCUCAGGGCCCUGUAGCCGAGAAUGCCUCCGUCAGUGCUAUGAUAGGUACACCAGAAAACAUAAAUAUCAGCAGCCCAGGAAAUGAAGUUAUUGCAGCCAUCCCACAGUCACCACCAGAUGCUGCAUAUCUACCGCAAACCCCUAUAGAUGAGAAGGUGGCUAUGCUGGUAAAUUAUCUGCUAUUCAAAUACCAAACAAAAGAGGUGGUGACUAAGGAAGAUAUGGUGAAUGCUAUCAUUAAGGAGUAUGAAGAAAAUUUCUCUGAGAUCAUUCUGAGGGCCUCUGAGCGAAUAGAGAUGGUGUUCGGUCUUGAUGUCGUAGAAGUGGAUCCCGUCAGUCGGUGUUAUGUGCUCCGCAUCAAGCUAGAUAUCACCUAUGAUGGCUUGUCAAGUGAAACGGAAGGCAUGCCCAAGACCGGCCUCCUCAUUCUUGUCUUGGGUGUGAUAUUCAUGCAGGGCAACAGAGCCACUGAAGAAGAAAUCUGGCAAGUGCUGAAUAUGAUGGGCAUAUACUCUGGAAUGAGCCACUUCAUCUUUGGAGAUCCCAGGAGGUUGAUUGUCAACGAUUUUGUCCAAGAGAAUUACCUGGUGUACCACCAGCUUCCUGAUUAUGACCCUCCACGUUAUGAAUUUGUAUGGGGUCCAAGAGCCAAAGCAGAAGUCAGUAAAAUGAAGCUGCUUGUAUUUCUGUCCAGAGUUCAUGGAGUUGAUCCCACCUUUUUCCAAUCGCAGUACAGUGAGGCUGUGAAAGAGGAGGAAGACAGAGGCCAUGCUAGUGCUUCAACCAGUUCAGGUGCCUCCUCCUCCACGGCCACCGGGAGUUCCUGUGCCACCUUUAGCCGCUGCUUCCACCCCUAA